CAUAGAAUGUUGAGGUUCAUAUGACAGUUUGUUUAUUUUUUUGUGUGAACAUUGAUGCAUCAAUCAAAUCAAUCAGUUUGUUUUUAACUCUAAUGUGGUAUGCGUCGUUAAUAUAGUAAGAAACUAAAAAUGUUAAAAUUUGUACGUUGAAAAGUUUUUAAUAUAAUUUUUCUGUGUAUUAAAUAAUUAUUCUAAAAUGGCGAAGAAGUUAACAGAAGAAAUGGUUAUUGCCAGAACAAAAAUAUCAGAUUUGGGAAAAAUAAAACGAUUAAAUUGUUGGGGUAGUGAAUUAGAAGAUGUGUCUUUAUUGAGAAGAAUGCCGUGUGUAGAAGUUCUUUCUUUGAGUAUUAAUAAGAUCAAUACUCUAGCGGAUUUUCAAUUUUGCCAACGAUUGGAGGAAUUGUAUAUACGUCAAAAUGACAUCAGAGAUGUUAAUCAAGUUAUGUACCUGCAGUGCCUACCCAACUUGAAGAAUUUAUGGUUGGGUGAAAAUCCGUGCGCGACUAUUGAUGGAUACCGAUUGGCAGUUAUACGGGCACUACCGCAGCUACAAAAAUUGGACAACGUCCAAAUAACGCCGGAGGAAAAUAGGGAUGCGCAACGAAGCGGUAAGAUUCUAUCUCAUCCCGAGGAUAGUCAGGAUGAGAGCGAAGAAGAAUAUGUACAGACGACGAUGCCUAUACAGAGAUCCUCGUCGAGAGAUCGAUAUUCGGAAAAUGAAGGGAGUCCAACACAGAUAAGUCCGCGGAGAAGAGAUGAGAGUAGAGUCCAACAACCAUCAGAUUAUGAGGAUGUUGAAGGGAGCGAAGAAAUGUAUCCUUGUGAAGAUGCCUCUGAAGAAAGUCGAGGUUAUUCUCCUCCUAGGACGUCUUCACCACGGAAACAAGAAGUUUCGAGGAGAACGUAUUCACCAGAACAAGAAUAUGUUGAUAGGAGAUCAGUGCCCUAUGAUAGGGAAUCUCCUCCUCCUCCUCCAAGGCAACAAUAUUACGAAAAAUCAUCGCCUACUAAUACAUCGUCAUACGAAGCGGAUACAAUCGAAGUUUCGACGAACUUUCGCGAAACUAAGUUAGUUAACAGUCAGUCUGCAAGUUGUAUUAAGGAAUACUCCAAUGGUAAUGGCGAUAAAUACGGUUACCAUUCCGGUAGCGAAUAUUGCGUAACCCACGUACCUUCCGAAAGACCAGAACGACCUAAAGAAAGGUACACGUGUCCUGCAGCACACAGAUCUCAUUAUACUAGGAGACCGGUUACGAGGAAUUCCAAUAUACUUUCGGCCGUUUUGUGUUUGGUCAAAGAAUUGGAUUAUCCGAGUCUGGAAGUUGUCGAAAUGGCGGUGAGAUGUCGCAUGGACGAAAUGGCCGAUUGACAUAAAAAAUUAUUAGAUAAUAACAAAGUCGCACAAAAUAUUAACGAACAGCUUUAAUAAAAUGGGUCUGACUUUCUCAUAUUUUUAUUUAAUAAUGGCCGGUUGUUGUGUUGUUGUUGGUUAAUUUUUUAUUUUUUUGGUAACUUUCUGUUUAUCCGAAUACUGAAGUCUGUCCUUUUUUUCUCACUGGUAGCUAAACGUACUCAUUUCAAACUCAAACCUGUGCUAAAAUUUAUACCGUUGAUGGGAUUUCAUAGUACCCGAUGGGAUCUCAAGUUUAAUCUUCUUGUCCACUCUGUUUUAUUUCUAAAUCAUCAUAAAAUAUCAAUUGGUUCCAACUAGUGAGUUAAAACUUUUACAAAAUUUUUCCAAUUGUCUCGUGACUUUGUAGAACGAUACCAGUUGAUUGGAUUGGAAAAGUAAUCGAUUGAUUACAGAUUUGAACCGAUUAGUUCUUCACAGGUUGCAGUAAGACUCAAUCUGAUCCUUUCAAGGCUUUCGAGCCACAGUGUAGGGUUCUAGUCCAAAAUAUAGAGUCGUUGCUCCUUUUUUUGGCAAAGUUUUCUGCUACUUCAUUGCCUAGUACACCCUAGUAGUCACAUUAGUAUAUCCAGUGCUUUUUACACUCCAAUACUAGGGAAUUUAGUCAAAUAUUCCUGAGUACAUGUUCAUUGCUAACGAUUCUGUCUCAAAAAUGGUGAUUUCUCUCCCCGGUAGUAUGGAUUUUCGUUCGAAAAUACCCAAUCCAGCUUCUUAUGCUAGAUUCGAACCAUUUGUAUACCAGAAAGAUGCAUUUUAAGCUCACAAAAUAUCUUUAUUGACCCUUGGUAUGGGAAAUCUGUGUCCAUCAUUUUUUACUAGUUUUAUCUAUGUUAAAAUCCUUAUGGUCUGAUUUCCAGAUGCCAGUCAUAAAAGGACAGACUAUAAUUUAUUCAUUGGUGUAUGUUGAUUAAUACCGAAUGAAUUCACUAUUUUGUAAGUACUAUAUUUUUGAAAGUUACUAGUAGUUUAUGUAUUGACAAGUUGUUAACAUGUUUGGAAUUUGAAAAUUCAUUAAAUUUGACUGUUGCUUGAGUACCUUUUCAAAUUUAUUUUAAAAAAAAAAACAAAAACAACAUUUUCUACAUUCACGAAGCUUUUUAGACACGCAUUGUAUACCUAAUGACAUUUUAACCAAUCAAUAUUAAUCGACUGAAAAUAUUGUACGCACAGUUAUCGAAACGGGCAAUUAAUUAAAAAAAAAACAAACUUUUCAAGAUAGUAUAGGAAUGCUGUGACGUACUGUUACUUUUCUUGUGGUCCAAUUGUUCAUCACUGUUACUUAUUGUCUAUUAAUUAAUAAAAUUAAAUGUCGAAACCCACUAGUAGCACGCCACCCCACGCCACGUCAUGUGUAGAGUACAUAUGCACACAUAUUGGAGACGUGGCGUGGCGUGGCGCGUUGCUAGUGGCUUUCGGCCUAAAAAAUAACUUUGCAGUUUAGUUAUGAAUGGGAUUCACAAGAAUUUAUUACAGGGAUACCGUUGAAAAGCAGCUGGAAAACAAGGUUAUAAAAAAGAAAUAGUGUUGGGGUUUUCACAGUGUACGAUUACUGUAGAAAAUUGCCAUUUUUUGAGUAUUUAUCUAUUUUCAAAGUAACAAUAGAUUUGCCUCUAUUGACAAUAAUAUUAUAAAUGAAUAGUUCAUGAUAAAACUUGCCUUUUGAUUUAUUAGGAAAUUUAAGAAUAGAUCUGUUUUCGAAGUGGAUGUUAUAGUCAAAUAUAACAGUUUUUGACUUGAUUUCCUAAAUGGAAAAGAAAAAAAUUUUCUUAGUAUCGAAGGGUCAAAAAUUUCAAUCAUACUACAGUUUUCUAUAAUGAAAAAAUGUUGAGGAUAAGGGUUUUACGGUUUAUUAAUGUCUACUAAUGUUGUUUCUUCUACGGGUGCUCCUUCCUCAUUGGUCCUCACCUUUUUCCAAGUUUCCUCCUCAAUAUAGUAAUCAAUGUCUAUAAUAUUUCCUUCUUCCAUCGUCUUUUACCUCAAUUCCUCUAAAGACGUUCCCGGAUCCUUUAUUUACUCUAUCCAUUUGUUUCUUCAACUUUUAUUGGUGUUUUCCAUCUCAUUUAAUUGUAUUAAUUCAUCUAUUUCAUUAUUUAUGUUAUUCAAUUUUGUUUUAUUUCUUUUUUUCCCUCUAUGUUCCAUUUCCCUUAUGUUUAUUGCUAAUUUGAUCAGUUAUUAUCUUUUUCCAAGAUUCCUACUCAGUCCAAUUAUUGGUGAACCAAUUACGAACAAAUUGAUAAACUUUAUAGAUACAGUAAAAAGAUAAAUAUGAUUAAUAAAUAAUUUGGGACUUUAUUAAUGCAGAAAAUCCUUAUUCUUCUUCAAUCGGGUGUUAAAAUAGAUUCAACUCAAACUGCACUGCACAAAAUUUUGAAUAAAUUGAGGAAAAAUGUUACGAGUAGCCUGCUUUUCAUUGGGAAAGUUGUUUUAUUACUUUUUUCAUUAAAAUUAUUCCUAUAUAUUAUGUUAUUAAUACAAUUGAGGUUGGAUAUUUAAAUAUAUUUACGUUUAUAUUUGUUGUGAAUAGUUGUUAUUGACUUCUUGCCAAAAAUUGGUUGAAAUUCUUUGGUAGUCGAUUAUAUUUGUAUAUAGAAUUUUAUUCCAUUCAAAUAUGAAUUUUUUUUCUAUUUAAAUAUAAUGUUUACACAUUUUUAUAAUAAUUAAUCUAGUCGUUAACAUUUCUUUUUAUAAUUUCAUCAAUUUAAUUGUAAUUUUUUUAUAUUUCAAGUUAAUGAUUUAAUUAUUUUUUGUAUAAACAAAUAAAAUAAGUAAUUUUGUG